AGACCUGGGCGCAGCUUCAGGGUUCACCGGAAUCGCUGCAAUUUUUCACUUAAGAGCUGUGCAGCCAGCGCAGCUCGUCCAAGACCUCUUGGAUCCUCUCUCGUCGUUUGGUCUUGCUUUAUUCCUUUCCAGUGAGCCUUUUCGGUGCCGUCGAGCUUUUGUAGAUAUAUUCCUUACUCAUUUAAUCGAUUUAAGCUCUUCACGAUGACCGGAACCCAGACCACCCCAUCUAACGUGCUCCCCCUUCCCCGCUGGACACUGAUCAUCCAUGGAGUCCAGGUUCUCUUGGCCAUCAUCAUCCUAGGACUGGCAGCGUUUGGCGUCCACUGGAUCGCAUACAAUGCCUUGAUAUUUGCCAUAGUCUGCUCCAUUCUUACCUUCGCGUUCUGCGGAUACAUAAUCGGCACGACAUUGUUCUUCCACGCGCUCUACAAUGGCUUCAUCGUUUUCGGCCUCCAUUGCCUCAUGUGCAUCUUCUGGCUUUCGGAGAUGGGCCUCGUCGCCAACCUGGCUCGCAUCUGGGGCAGUCUGAGCUCGCUGUACGGAUACUAUGGCGGCUACGACUACUACUACAAGCGGGAUCUGGAAGUGAGGUCGACUCUCAGCAAGAGAGAGAGCGUCCCGACGAUCAAGCAGUACUGGGGAGCAUUGACUGCCGGCGCUCUAUUCGGUGCUGCUGAGCUGCUCCUCUGGGUCGGUUCUGGCGUCCUGGUCUUCAUCUACCUGAACAAGCACCGCAAAAACGCAGCCAACAACACCCAAGCCCAACAACUUCCCCCUUACCCCCACAACCCCAACCAACCCGCAGCCGGACCCGAGAAGUUCGCGCAGACCGGCGUCCCUCAACAGCUUGCCCCCGUGUACCAGCAACAGCCACAGCAGCAACCCCAAUUCCACAACGGGGUACCACAAGGCUACCAGGUGAGCCCACCAUCCGCACCGCAGAGCCCGCAACAGCACUAUGCACAGCCGUACAUGCAGCCCCAGCACACGGGUGGAUAUGGGCAGGAUCCAGUCGGCCGCACUGUGAGCCCGCUGUCGCCGCCGCAGCAUUCGCAACCGGCGUCACAGUUCAACAAUAACCCCAAUGCUUCGGAGCUGGCAGUUACGCCGCAGAAUCCUAACGUCCCUGAGCUGUCGGGCGGAAGGUGAACGUUGCUUUGACUUGGGGAGGAUGAGUAAUGAGGGUGGAAGAUUUGGGUGUUGGGCGAAGAGCGAAGGGAGAAGAA